AUCAACUGCCUUUACCAGAAAAGCCUGAUUUUUAAAACGCAAGAACGUGAUAAUGGCAGCUGUAGAAAUGUCUGAAGCGUUGAAGCCGAUCAGCUGGCUCGCCGGCCGGUGGAAAACUGAAAACGGCUCCGGAAAAUACCCGAACAUCCCCGAGUUUCACUACCACGAAGUUUUGGAGUUCACCUGCAUAGGUCAACCAAUGUUGAACUUCACCUCCACAUCUCGGCACCCCGAGAAGCAGACUCCAAUGCACCAGGAGCGCGGUUUCCUCCGCAUCAAGCCCGGCUCCCACCAGCUCGCCUUCAUGGUCAGCCACAACUUUGGACUGACAUCACUCGAGGAAGGCCAAGUGGAACCGGAAACACAACAAGUUGUUUUAACUUCAACUAGUAUCUCACGGAUGUCAUUUGCGAAACAGCCAUUUGUUAAGAGCUUGAAACGGGUGUGGAAGCUCCUGGAUGCGGGCACUCUGGAAGUGACCAUUUAUAUGGAGACUGAUGAUACGCCACUUACUGAGCAUCUGAAGGCUGUUUAUACCAAAGAAUGUUAGUGUAGUUGUAGGAACUUCAGAAA